CUAGAUAAGUUGACGCCUCGACGACUUGACGAGCGAUGCUGUCGUACGGUUCUUGAGCGACACGAUUUGGCGGGCAAUUCAAGCCCAAGUUGCAGCGAUUGACAACGCCUUCCGCGGUUUACCUCAUUUGUGGUGUGGCCGUUUUCUCCAACCAGCCCGACAGCGUGGGGAAUACACCCAAACAUUUACAUUUGCGAGUUCGUCCGCCAUAGGACGCCACUGUUACUCGACACCCAAGUAGCAAGGACGACCUACCAUGCUGGCAGCUAGCUCCUUUACUCAAAAGCGGGCAGCUUGCAGCAGCAGCACCUGCCCUGCAUCCUAUGUGCCGCAUCACAGGCUGUCCCCGGUCCCACAGCACGGAGCUUCUGUCGUACACACCACGCCGGGGGCACCCUACAACCACCAGGCACGCUCCUUCGCUCAGCCGCAGACGGCCCCCUCAGGCCGGCGCCCCGGCCGCGAUUACACAAUGAUCGUGGCUAGCACCGGGUACACGCCUUUUGGCGGCGACGCGCGCAUCAAGGUCAUCGGUGUGGGUGGCGGCGGCGGCAACGCGCUGAACCGCAUGAUCAACAGCGGCCUGCAGGGUGUGGAGUUCUGGGCCAUCAACACGGACGCCCAGGCGCUAGCCGCCCACCAGGCCCUCAACAAGGUGCAGAUUGGCAACGAGCUCACUCGCGGGCUGGGCUGCGGGGGCAACCCGGAGCUGGGGCGGCAGGCGGCGCUGGAGAGCGAGGAGGCGCUGCGGCGCAUGGUGCAGGGUGCUGAUCUGGUUUUUAUCACGGCGGGUAUGGGUGGCGGCACCGGCACGGGAGCAGCGCCGGUGGUGGCUCGCCUCUCCAAGGAGAUGGGUAUCCUGACGGUGGGUGUGGUGACGUACCCCUUCAACUUUGAGGGCCGUCGCCGGGCGGGUCAGGCGUUGGAGGGCAUUGAGGGGCUGCGGGCGGCGGUGGACAGCGUCAUUGUCAUUCCCAACGACAGGCUGCUGGAUGUGGCGUCUGCAAGCACCGCCCUGCAGGACGCAUUCGCGCUGGCCGAUGAUGUGCUGCGUCAGGGUGUGCAGGGUAUCUCGGACAUCAUCACAGUGCCCGGCCUCAUUAAUGUGGACUUUGCCGAUGUGAAGGCCAUCAUGUCUAACAGCGGCACUGCCAUGCUCGGUGUUGGCGCCGCCUCCACCGCCACCGUCGCCCCGGGCGGCCCCGACCGGGCGGAGCAAGCUGCCAUGGCUGCGACCUCGGCGCCGCUCAUCCAGCGCAGCAUUGAGAAGGCGACCGGCAUUGUGUACAACAUCACGGGCGGCCGCGACCUGACGCUAGCAGAGGUGAACCGCGUGUCUGAGGUGGUGACGGCGCUCGCGGACCCCUCGUGCAACAUCAUUUUUGGUGCAGUUGUGGACGAGCAGUACGACGGGGAGCUCCACGUGACCAUCAUUGCCACCGGCUUUGCGCCCACGUAUGAGAACGAGUUGCUAAACGGCGGCAACGCGCAGCAGCAGGCACGGCAACAGCGCCGCGCUGCACACCAAGCGGCGGCUGCAGCCAUGGGCGUCCCAACGGGUGCCAGCGCACCGGGAGGAAAGGUGAUGCCUGGAGCCAACCAGGUGGCCCAGCCGGCCCCGCCACCGCAGCAGCCCUCCAACCCGGGGGGCUCCCUCCCCUGGAGCCGACCCAACCGUGCCAAGCUGGACUUCCUGGGCCGAAGCAUCCUGUGAAGCGAGGGGGCGGGGAGCGGCUCUUGGGGGCACGGUGCUUGCCUGGCUUAGUGGCGCAGGUUCUGAAAUGCUAGUGAAAGCAGCCGCGCUGGGUCGGGGCUAGGAAGCAGAUAGUCUGGUUAUUGGCAGGAGUUUGCAACACACGCCACCGCAACAGUGUUAGCGGUUACUGGCAUAUAUGUGAUCAGGACAGGUGUGAUCAGGAAGGUACUGCGGUGCGGUAUAAGGAGUGCGCAAUUAGGUUGGGGUCUUUCUUGUUUGGCGGCGGGCCCUAUAGGCCGUACGUGAGGGCACAUGAGGGUGAUGCAUUGAGAGUAAACUGAGUUGCAUUGUGAGCAUGAGUCAUUCACUUGGCGAGAAUGGUAUGGAGAGGGAGUUUGCGAGCUCGAGGGCACAACACUAUCGCUACCAAAAGCAGCCCUGAGUACUGUGUAAGCUAUUGGUCUUGGAAGAUGAACGGGGAUUGCCUGCCAACCGUGUGUAACCAGAUUAGACGUA